AUGCUUCUGCGCUGGAAGCUGCGGCUGCCUCUGCCGCCGCCGCUGCUGCUACUCCUGGGGCCUCUCUGUCCUCUCAGCCCGCGCGCCCUGGCGGGACAGGCGCAAGCCGAGGACACCGUGGAGCUGGACUUCUUCACCGAGCGGCCGGUGCACUUGGUGAGCCCUGCCUUCCUGUCCUUCACCAUAGAUGCCAACCUGGCCACAGAUCCGCGAUUCCUCACCUUCCUGGGUUCUCCAAAGCUUCGCACUUUGGCCAGAGGCUUGUCUCCUGCAUACCUGAGAUUUGGUGGCACCAAGACGGACUUCUUAAUUUUUGACCCAAAGAAGAAGCCGACCUUUGAAGAGAGACGUUACUGGCAAUCUCAAGUCAAUCAGGGUCUCUAUGAGUCGGGUCCUAUUCCCUCUGAGGUGGAGAAGAGGUUAAGGUUGGAAUGGCCCUUCCAGGAACAACUGAUCCUCAGAGAACAGUAUCAGAAAAAGUUCAAGAAUAGCACCUACUCGAGAAGCUCAGUGGAUAUGCUGUAUGCUUUUGCACAUUGCUCAGGAUUGAACCUGAUCUUUGGCCUGAACGCAUUAUUAAGAACAGCAGAUCUGCAUUGGAACAACUCUAAUGCGCAAUUGCUGCUGGACUACUGUUCUUCCAAGAGUUAUAACAUUUCUUGGGAAUUAGGCAAUGAACCUAACAGUUUUCUAAAGAAGGCUGGUGUUUACAUUGAUGGAUUCCAGUUAGGAGAAGAUUUUAUUGAAUUGCAUAAACUUCUAGGAAAAUCCACUUUCAAAAAUGCAAAACUCUAUGGCCCUGACAUUGGUCAGCCUCGAGGAAAGACUGUUAAGAUAUUGAGAAGUUUUCUGGAAGUGGGAGGAGAAGUGAUUGAUUCAGUUACAUGGCACCACUACUAUUUGAAUGGACGAAUUGCUACCAAAGAAGAUUUUCUAAAUCCUGAUGUACUGGAUACUUUCAUUUUAUCUGCACAAAAAAUUUUCCAGGUUGUUGAGGAAACAAGACCCCGCAAGAAGGUUUGGUUAGGGGAAACAAGCUCAGCAUAUGGUGGUGGAGCGCCCUUGCUGUCCAACACCUUUGCAGCUGGCUUUAUGUGGCUGGACAAAUUGGGCCUGUCGGCCAGAAUGGGCAUUGAGGUCGUGAUGAGGCAAGUGUUCUUCGGAGCUGGAAACUACCACCUAGUGGAUGAAAACUUUGAGCCUUUACCUGAUUAUUGGCUAUCUCUUCUAUUCAAGAAACUGGUGGGCACCAAUGUGUUAAUGGCAAAUGUGAAAGGUACAGAAGGAAGCAAGCUUCGAGUAUACCUUCACUGCACAAAUAACAAUCACCCAAGGUAUAAAGAAGGCGAUUUAACUCUGUAUGCCUUAAACCUACAUAAUAUCACCAUGCGCUUACAGUUGCCAUAUCAUUUAUUUGACAAACAAGUGGAUAAAUACCUCAUAAAACCUUUAGGACCUGAUGGAUUACUUUCCAAAUCUGUUCAACUCAAUGGUCAAAUUCUGAAGAUGGUAGAUGAUCAAACCCUGCCAGCUUUGACAGAAAAACCCCUCCGCCCAGGAAGUUCACUGGGCUUGCCACCUUUCUCCUAUGGGUUUUUUGUGAUAAGAAAUGCAAAAGUUGCUGCUUGCCUCUGA